GGCCUGUAAACACGUGACGUCAGAGUGUCUCCGCCAGGGUGGUGAUGGCCGCACCAACUCUCGCAUUUCUUCCCGUGUAGCAGCACCGCCGUCCUCAGUGAACAGGAGACUAGCCCCGGCCGGGCGCGUACGUCACCACGCUCUUGCUGCUGCUGCCUCGCCAUGACUUAAUAUCACCCGGCAGUUAAAUUUGGAGAACGGACAAGCGAGCGGCGGCUUGCAGACGCAGGUUUACCUCCCCCCCACCUCGGGUUAUUUUGGUCUCAGUUGGUCCCUGAGAGUUGUUCGACCGAGAGCCUCUGCUCCUCGUCACCUCCACCACCACCAUGGACGACGAUAUGGAAGACGAGAUCGUGUGCGAGCUCUUCACCGCCCACGCCCACAUCACCCUCCGUUACCUUAGGCUCACCACCUCCAGGCUGGUGGAGUUCCUCGUCCCGGGCCCAGGAGAGAGCUUCAAAACAAAGAUUUUCCAGCCUGGGCCCUUCAUGUUCCUCAUGUUCCUGGUGAUAGUGGCUAGUGUGAUCCUGCAGAGCAGCAGUCACUUGAUGCGACAGUGGAUGGUCAAGGCCCAUUACGUCCUGGGUCUCAACUCCGUCACCAGCACCACCUUCAAGACCAUCAGCAGCCUUGACCUGGUGUCCGGGGCUCUCGGAAGUGAUAAUGUUGGCUGGGAAUUUAAAGACGGAAUUGUGGGACUGUAUGGUAUGCAGGGCCGCCGGGGGAACAUGGAAGAUCGGUUCAGUAUAAUGCAAGAUGUGGACGUUGGGGAGAAGAAAAUGUCCUUCUUUGGAGUGUUCGAUGGCCACGGAGGUCAGUAUACUGCUGAAUAUGUCAAGGACAACCUCUUCCUUAACACUGUUGAGAAAAUUAAACAACUUCGAAGUCAAAUAUCAAAUAGUCCUGAAGGAAAACCCAAGAAUGGUAAUAACAAUAUUGCACGGAACAACAGCAAGAACAGUGGUGGAGGAGGGGAAGGAGUGAGUGGAAAUGGUAAGAAGGCACAAAAGCACGGAUCGUGUAGCUCAGAUAAAACUCAAAACAAUGGAGAAAAUAAAGAAAAACAAAAUGAUGAGAAAGUUGCAAACAUCUGUGGGAAAGACUUGCCGAGCAGUAGCAGCUCCAACAUGAAUAGUGAAUCCGAUUCUCACCUGGAAAAUUCAGGCAAGGGAAAAGAUGUCUUAGAUGAUAGCACAGGGGAGUCAUGUGUGAGUGAAAAUUCUAAAUUCAGCAAGAAAGAUUCUUCAGAUAUUUCACAGAAAGGAAGUGGCAUUGAAAACAUUGCUCAGUGUAGCAUGCACAGCUUAUCUGAUGCUGAUGUACCAAUGAAGAAAGAUGAUACCUAUAGUAAUAUAAAUCUUAUGAAGCGCAACUCGGUCACUACCAGUGGGGGUACAAAUAUUAGCAAAGAGAAGAAUGAAGACACCACUACCUUUGAUUCAGGGUAUAUCGACUCGUAUAAAAACAUCAACUACACACGCCUACUUACUGACCAGAUAAUUGCUGUUGAUAAACAGGUGGUAGAAAAGUGCAAAGGAAGAACAGAUAUGUCAGGAACUACGGCUGUGAUUGCAGUCCUAGAUGGAGAACUGCUAAUCAUCGGCAAUGUAGGAGACUCUCGAGCAGUCAUGGGCGACCUCAAAGGAUCAACUAUUCCACUUUCAUUUGAUCAUAAACCAAAUCAGUUAAAAGAACGACGUAGGAUUAAGGAAGCAGGUGGUUUCAUCACAUUCACGGGAGUGUGGAGAGUUGCAGGAAUUCUUGCUACCUCGCGGGCACUUGGGGACUUCCCUCUCAAAGAACCCCGAAAACUAAUCACUGCCGAGCCUGAUGUUCUGACAUUCAGUCUUCGGGACCACAAGGCACAUUUUGUGAUAUUGGCCACAGAUGGACUUUGGGAUGUGUUAACGAACGAGGAAGCAGUAGCAUUUGUUCGUGAUCAUAUUCAUGAACCUGAUUAUGGGGCCAAGUCCCUAGCACUUCAUGCUUACUAUCGUGGGUCACAAGACAAUAUAACUGUAGCUAUUCUCAAUAUUGACAAGUUGUCUCUGUAAAUGUUACGUAUGUGAAAAUCUUUUUAAGGACUCGAGAGUUUGUCAAUGCAAGGAAUUCUUCUAUUAUCAAGUUUUAAUAAUCAGAAUAACAUUAAAUUUAUUAAAAAAAUGUUUUGUGUUCAUGAUAAUUCUUUAGCAGGUUUCAGGAAAAUUACAUACAGUAAAUCAUAUGAUUUUUUUGUUUUCAAAUUGCUCUAUUGGAUUUGAAGAAUAUUUUAUCAGGCUGUGAAUAGAUACUUAUGUAAAUUUGAUCAAAGAAAAUUCCUUAUAUAGGGAAAUUCUGGUAACUUCAGUCUCUAUACUACAGUACUUGAUGUAAAUUUAUUUAAAUGUGAACAAAUUCAGAUUCACUGGUCAUACUCAUGCACACUUAACCUUCACUGGCAUUGUACAUAAACACACUCAUUUUACCUUUAUAGCUCUGGUGGUACUGCGGAGACAAAUUGAACAUGUUCAGUCUGUAAUGCUAUGGUAAAUGAAAUGUUGAUGCAUUCUUGUUCAUACAGUUAAGACCUUGCUGGGAACAUGGAUUGAGGAUUAUUGUUCUUAGUUACACUAGUCAUAAAGCAUAUUUUGUUUUCUGCUUGAGAAUGUGUGUGUGAGAUAAAGUUAUUGGGAACUAUGUAAAUAAUGAAUAUUGAUAAACUUGAACAUACACAAUAAUUAUAUAGAAUGUCUUUAUUGGUCAGUCUUGUAUGUGAAGAGUGGAAAUUCAAGUUUUUAUGAAGAGUAAUAUUCAAACUAUUUCGGAUAGUACCAUUAUGCGUUCUUUGUCUAAAAAUCGUGGUACUGUAUUGGCAUAAAGUUUUAUUUUGGUUCACACUAUACACUUGGAAUAUGGUGUCCUAGCUUUGACCAGAAAGUUAUUUUUAUACUUUUCGUUUUAUUUACUUUGGAUAUUUCAUAUCUAUAUAUAUAUAGAAAUAAAAAAAAAGAGAGAACGAAAAUCUGUGCAAGUACCUCCUAACCAGCCAUGGUAGAGUUCCGUCCUCUAGGCGUGUUUUCCGAGCAGCUGAGAGAAGCCUACAGUUCCGAGUAGUGUACCUGGUAAACUGUUUGUUUCUUAACAUGUUUAGGCUUGGAGAAGCACCAAGACCCAGUGAACUUCUUUACAAUGUAUAUUGUCAGUUAAUAUCACUAAAGUGAUCUCAUUACAUCCCCUCAUUAGUAUCACUGUUGUCAUUUAUAAGAAUGGACAUUCAAGUUGAAAUGUUUCAUUCAAGUUUCAGUACUUUGACUUAUCAAGAAGAGAGAUUAACACACUUAAGUAUGAUCGAGAUAUGCAGUUCAUUGAUUAUAUUUUUCGCUUGAACUUCUGGAAGAUCUUCCCUUAAUUGUUAAUACUGUUUCUCCUUAUUAUCUAUGUUACUCCAUGGUAUGCCUUCUGUAUACAAUACAUUUCGGUACUUUUCAUGCAUUUACUUUGAUUUUCCAGAUUUUGUUUUUUUAUAAAUAUUCUGACUGGAUAAUAUUUAUGUCCAAGUUUUAGCAAGACUUGACACUUUUUAAAUGCCGUUUGUUCUAAACUUUAACGUCAUUGAUUUGGUAUGUUUUUAUACUAUAUAUGCCAAAAUCAGGAGCUUUAUUACAUUCUGGAUAUUAAAGAUAUUUUUUUUUUUUUCAAUAGUUUUUCUCUUGAUCACUUGAUUGCAAAAAAUUUUUCUCAGUGAUUCAGUUAUACUUAUUCAGUGAAUAAACAAAAUUGGUGUCCAAACUUGGUUACUCUGUGCAAACUUGUGGCACUUAUUGAUAUGAUAUCUAAACUAGUCAUAUGCAAAUUAGAAUCAGUUAAAAUGUGCAGUAAGCAUUUUGAUGACCAGUGUCUGGAGGAGUUUCCAAGCAUACAUGAACAGUACUUGGAAGAUAUCAUGAUUGCUACAUUCACUAGGUCCUAGAUGUGGCAUGUCUGUCAUGUGUCCUAGUGCAUAUACUUCUUGACAAGGGGAAACUGGCAAGUUUUCAUUAAUUUGAUAUGGUUUGUAAAACAAACAAUGUAUGUAUACUGGUAUGAGAACUACACGUGCCCACAUCUUAUGGGCAAAGUAGUGCUGUAGGAGAGAGUUCAAGUGUGGAUUUUUUUUGUUAUAAUUUGUACAAAACUUUUUAUGCAGAGGAAUUGACUAAGAUUGGCAGGAAAAUUUAUAACGGCAGUUGGGAAAAGCUGCUAACCAUUCCAAUCUGCAUCUGUCUAAUGUUUUGUCCAUCAAGGUAUUACAGAAACAAAAUAAAUGUUCAGUAAGCAGAAACCUGCAUUUGAUAUACCAGUUAUAGAACAGGCUUUUAAAAAUUCUUGGCAGGCUUGAACUAGUAUGUUUGCAAUAAAUACAGCAUAUGAGAGGAACCAAAAAUAGAACUGGUUUGCAUUACUGAUAAAUGAGGAAAGAGUAACUGAGAGCCUUGAAGGACUUUUUAUUUUAAGUUACAUUGAAGUCCUAAAGAAGCCUAACCCUUCUUGCCUAUUAGGUACCAUCUGUAAUAGUGGGAGAAAAUCAAACAUGUUAAAUGUUGGUGAAAUUUACUUAUUAGGGGACAUGUUUAUUAUAGGAUUUAACUGCCAAUUAUCAUAAUCAUAUCCACAAUGCCUUAGUCCAGUGCUUGACUAAUGUACUAAUCAGUUUUUGGCUUUGCAAAAUUUAGUAAAGCAGUAUUAUGUCGUGUAGUUCUGGAGACUGUCCAAUAGAUCCAUCAAAGUGAUGGCAUAUGUUUUAUCUUCUCUUGUCUCUAGGUAAUUGAAAUGUAUGAAAUCCAAGAUAAAAAAAAAUUGCGUAUUGAGUACAGUGUAUAUGAACUAAAUGAGAGUCAACAUCUAAGUUUGAUGUCGUUGUUACAGUGUCAAUACAGUAUUCAGAUUUUUCAUCCUAGGAUAUGAACUGAGGAAGUAAUAGUACUUGUUCCCUGCACCAGCAAGCUUACAUUAUUGUUUAGAGUAUUUAAUCUACAUGUUUACAGCAUUGAUUUGUUAUUUGACUGUUUGGUGAUUAGCAAAACAAUUGAAGUAUUUCAACUGAAUUCCUGAGAAGAAAAUACAGUUUGACACACUUGUUGAAUGAGUCCCAUCAGAUGUUGAAUACUUCAACCAUAUUUGGGUGAAAGUCAGCCAUCUACUUGUAUUUUCCUCUUAUGUUUAAAUAAUAUAAACACACUGCUCAUGGUAUCUAUAAUUGUAUAUUGUAAACAAUAGGUCAUAAUACUCUGGCUAUUAGAAAUAACAAACCUCACACAUUAGAAAUAUGAAAAUAAGCUUAAUUUUGGUCCAGAUCAAACUGUCAAGUCUGCUUUAAAAUGGGGUGAAAUGUUCUCAUUUAAUGUGUGGCUUUAGUGUUUGUCAUGUUUAUUUUUUUUUAUAAAAACCGUUUUGAUCAGUUAAUAGCACCUCUCGAGAGCACUUUCUCGAGAAGAGAAUGUGAGCAACACAAGCCAAGUGAAGAAGAUCUUAAAGUUCUUGUGCAUGGAGUUUCCAGGCAAGAGCACCACACUUAUGUUUUGCCUUUGUCUGUUCAUGUUCCAUGUGUUACUACUACUGCUAGCACUGGCUAGCAAAGUAGAAAAUUAAGUUAGUCGAUUAAAAAAUUGCAGUACUCGUGUGCACAAUUUUCAUAAGACUAAACAUUUAACUACAGAUAAAAUUCCUGUGGUUCUAAAUAAAAUCUGUAUAGGGCAAAAGGUGGACAUGAAGUUGUGUACAGAACUCAUUUUAUUGCACAGAAUGCAGUCGAUGGUUCAGUAUAUUUAAUGUCAAUACCAUACAUGUGCUCGGUUACUGAUGUGUUAUCUGCUAAUGUUGUACCUUCUGUCAAACAUCAAAUAAUAUGUUGGCUCUCACUUCCUUUCCUAUACUCUAUUGUGCAUCAUAUAGCUACAAGUCAUUGCUGCAAUAUGUACAAUGACUGCAACUGUCAUGGCAUCAUUCCUAGAUGUAGAUAUUUUGUUCAGUUUUCAAUGUUAAUCACAUGGAAAUGGUUCUAAUAGGGUAUUUGAUUUUGUAUUUUUUUUUCACAUGUUUCAUGGAAAGUACUUGACCUGUAUUAAAUAUAUUAUUGGG